AUGGCGUUACUCGGCUUCCUGCGCCGCCUGUACUCGCUCGACACCCUCGACACGCGCUUUACCACCUCCUCGAGCACCCCUCCGAAGCAGCUCGCUGCCGAGUCGGUCAUCGACCCUGCAAAACCCGCCCCGACCGAAGCAAAGGCCCCGGGAGCCGCCGGCUCGCAGCCGUCCAAAUGGGGCACCCCCGAGUUCUACUUCUACUACCUGGUCUUCCUGGCCGCUGUGCCGUCCAUGUUCUAUGUUGUCUAUGACGUUUCCAAAGCUUCCCACCCCAACUAUCCCAAGAUCGAGCCUCUCCUGUCUGACGGCUGGUUGUUUGGCCGCAAAGUGGACAACUCGGAUGGCCAGUACUCAACCUUUCGCGACAAUCUUCCGUACCUCUUCGUUAUAGCCUUCGUCCACCCGCUCCUCCGCAAAACCUACGACUACCUGUGCCGUGCCGACUCCUACACCCAAGUUCGCUCCAACUCGGCCCCUGGUGGCCGCGGACUUACGCAAGGCUUGACUGCUCAUGCUGCUGCUGAUGCCCGGCUGGAGCAGCGUCUAUCCUUCGACUUUGGCUUUGCCCUGGUCUUCAUCUUUGCCCUGCACGGCUUUUCGGCAGUCAAGGUCCUGCUGAUCCUCUAUCUCAACUACAAAAUCACCACUACUGUGCCCAGGGGCUACCUUCCGGCAGCUACAUGGAUCUUCAACAUCUGCACCCUGUUCUCCAACGAAAUAUUCCGAGGCUAUCCCUUCAAAGACAUUGCCGCCUUCAUCCAUGGUGGCGACGGUUCGGGGACGUGGGGAGCAUGGCUGGACAGUUACGGAGGGCUGAAUCCGCGCUGGGACGUUCUUUUCAACAUCACCGUCCUCCGGUUGAUCAGUUUUAGCAUGGACUAUUACUGGAGUCUGAGCAUGCAAGGGGGAAGUCCCAUCGAGAAGAAACAACUCGAUCCUUCCAACCUGUCUGAGCGUGACCGAGUCUCCACUCCUGCAAAGCCAGCUGAUUACUCGUUUCGUAACUAUACCGCUUAUGCUUUGUAUUCUCCUCUGUACAAUGCGGGCCCAAUCCUCACCUUCAAUGACUACAUUUCCCAGCAGCGUUAUUGUGCGCCGAGUAUCACGCGUGAACGCAAUACUCGCUAUGCCAUCCGCUUCGCCCUGGCUCUCCUAGCCAUGGAAGUCAUCAUUCACUAUAUCUACGCUGUAGCAAUCUUUCAAGUUCAGCCUGAUUGGGACGCCUACACACCUUUCCAGCUCAGUAUGCUUGGCUUCUUCAACCUGCACCACAUUUGGCUGAAGCUGCUGCUCCCAUGGCGCUUCUUCCGCCUGUGGGCCCUCCUUGACAAUAUUGACCCGCCUGAAAACAUGGUCCGAUGCAUGAGCAACAACUAUAGCAUAUCGGGCUUUUGGCGUGGUUGGCAUCGUAGCUACAACCGAUGGCUGAUUCGCUACAUCUUCAUUCCCCUCGGCGGCAGCGGCCACGGCCGCAGCAUCUUUUCCGUCAUGCUCACCUACCUUGCCAUCUUCACCUUUGUCGCCCUCUGGCACGACAUCCAACUGCGCCUACUCAUGUGGGGUUGGCUCAUCACCCUCUUCGUCGCCCCUGAGAUGAUCGCGACUCUCCUUUUCCCCAAGCGGAAAUGGGCAAAUCGUCCCAAUGCUUACCGCGUCUUGUGUGGCAUCGGCGCCGUUGCUCAGAUUCUAUUCAUGAUGGGCGCAAAUUUGGUUGGCUUCGCUAUUGGGGUUGAUGGCUUGGAGGGGCUGGCCAGAGGCAUUUUCAGCUCAGCGUCUGGUUUGACCUUCUUCGCCUUGGCUUGCGGUGCGCUUUUUGUCGGUGUGCAGGUCAUGUUUGAAAUAAGAGAAGAAGAAAUGAGAGCAGGUAUCAUGGUGAAGUGUUGA